AUGUACAGGUGUGCACAGGUGCAGGUGUGCAUAGGUGUGUGCACGUGUGUGCACAGGUGUGCACAGGUGUGUGUACAGGUCAGUACAGGUGUGUGUACAGGUGCGCACAGGUGCUCACAGGUGUGUGUACAGGUCAGUACAGGUGUGUGCACAGGUGUGUGUACAGGUCAGUACAGGUGUGCUCACAGGUGCUCACAGGUGCUCACAGGUGUGCACAGGUGUGUGUACAGGUCAGUACAGGUGUGUGCACAGGUGCUCACAAGUGCUCACAGGUGUGCACAGGUGUGUGUACAGGUCAGUACAGGUGUGUGCACAGGUGCUCACAAGUGCUCACAGGUGUGCACAGGUGUGUGUACAGGUCAGUACAGGUGUGUGCACAGGUGCUCACAGGUGUGCACAGGUGUGUGUACAGGUCAGUACAGGUGUGUGCACAGGUGCGCACAGGUGCUCACAGGUGCUCACAGGUGUGCACAGGUGUGUGUACAGGUCAGUACAGGUGUGUGCACAGGUGCUCACAAGUGCUCACAGGUGUGCACAGGUGUGUGUACAGGUCAGUACAGGUGUGUGCACAGGUGCGCACAGGUGCUCACAGGUGCUCACAGGUGUGCACAGGUGUGUGUACAGGUCAGUACAGGUGUGUGCACAGGUGCUCACAGGUGCUCACAGGUGUGUGUACAGGUCAGUACAGGUGUGUGCACAGGUGCUCACAAGUGCUCACAGGUGUGCACAGGUGUGUGUACAGGUCAGUACAGGUGUGUGCACAGGUGCGCACAGGUGCUCACAGGUGUGCACAGGUGUGUGUACAGGUCAGUACAGGUGUGUGCACAGGUGCGCACAGGUGCUCACAGGUGCUCACAGGUGUGCACAGGUGUGUGUACAGGUCAGUACAGGUGUGUGCACAGGUGCGCACAGGUGUGCUCACACUCCCCCCGCCCCUCCCACGCCCCCUCCCCACGCCCUCCCCGCGCCUCCCGCGGCCCCUCGCGUGUCCGGGGCGUGUCCGGGGCGUGUCCGGGGCGUGUCCUGGGCGUGUCCAGGUAUCCUGGGCGUGUCCUGGGCGUGUCCUGGGCGUGUCCAGGUAUCCUGGGCGAGUCCUGGACGUGUCCUGGGCGUGUCCAGGUGUCCUGGGCGUGUCCUGGGCGUGUCCUGGGCGUGUCCGAGCCCGGCAGGUGCGGGGGGCAGGUGCGGGGGGCGGGGUUUCCUAGCGCUACUCUGACGUCAUCCCUGAUUUCGGUCGCUCUAAGGUGAGGGGGGCGGGGCGGGGGGCGGGGCUGGCUCGGGGGUCCCUGAUUGCUCGAGCCCAUGCGGUCGGUAAUUAAUCGGUAAUUAAUUAACGGUCGGUAAUUAUUGCUCUAGGGCGGGCGGGGCCCGCGUUUCUACAGUUUG